GGCGCGGUGGGCGGCGGGGCCGGGCCGGGCCGGGCCGGGGCGGGCGGCGGCGGCGGGGCAGUCAGCCUGCGCGCUGGGCACCGUGCGGGCGUGCGGCGGCCGGCAGCGAGGCACGGAGGCAGCCAGCGUCCCCGCCACGACGCGGCGCUGAGGCUGGUCGCCCGCCGCCGCCGCGCUCCCGCCCCCCCCGCCACACAAAGGCAGCCGCAGCUGGACGGGCGAGGGACCGUGCUCCACGCCAGGGCUCCGGUGCAGCGUCUCGGCUGGUCUUCUCCAUACUCAUGAACAUACAAAGGUCAACCCCUAUCACGAUAGCACGAUAUGGGAGACCGCGGAAUAAAACCCAGGAUUUUGAGGAGCUCUCGUCCAUACGGUCCAUCGAGCCAAGCCAGAGUUUUAGCCCGAAUCUAGGCUCGCCGAGCCCGCCGGAGACCCCGAACUUGUCGCAUUGCGUUUCUUGCAUCGGGAAAUACUUAUUGUUGGAGCCUCUCGAGGGAGACCACGUUUUUCGAGCUGUACAUCUGCACAGUGGCGAAGAGCUGGUUUGCAAGGUGUUUGACAUUGGCUGCUACCAGGAGUUAUUAGCACCAUGUUUUUGUCUGCCUGCACAUAAAAAUAUCAACCAAAUUACUGAAAUAAUUCUUGGGGAGACAAAAGCGUAUGUGUUCUUUGAAAGGAGCUAUGGGGACAUGCAUUCAUUUGUUCGUACCUGCAAGAAGCUUAAAGAAGAGGAGGCAGCCAAACUCUUCUAUCAAAUAGCUUCUGCUGUUGCACACUGCCAUGAUGGAGGACUGGUACUGCGAGAUCUCAAGCUGCGAAAGUUUAUUUUCAAGGAUGAGGAAAGGACUAGAGUUAAAUUGGAAAGCCUAGAAGAUGCUUAUAUUUUAAGAGGAAAUGAUGACUCUCUCUCUGAUAAGCACGGAUGCCCAGCCUAUGUGAGUCCAGAGAUCUUGAACACAAAUGGCAGCUACUCUGGCAAAGCAGCGGACGUAUGGAGUCUAGGUGUCAUGCUUUAUACCAUGCUAGUUGGACGCUAUCCUUUCCAUGACAUUGAGCCUAGUUCCCUCUUCAGCAAGAUCCGUCGUGGGCAGUUUAACAUUCCAGAAACUCUAUCCCCUAAGGCAAAAUGCCUCAUACGUAGCAUACUGCGUCGGGAGCCAUCAGAAAGGCUGACUUCACAGGAAAUUCUGGACCAUCCCUGGUUUUCUACAGAUUUUAAUGUAUCGAAUUCAGGAUAUGGUGCUAAGGAAGUAUCAGAUCAGCUGGUGCCUGAUGUCAACAUGGAAGAAGACUUGGACCCAUUCUUUAACUGAGCACAAAGACUGGUGUUCAGAAGGUACACAACCUGGAGAUGGACACAUGAAGGAGCCCUUCCUGACCGUGUUAAGUCACGUCCUGCAUCAGCCUAGCUUGGUAGCAAAAGACACUCAGAGGUCCUCAGAUUGAGAAGGAACCUCCACAAGGAGCUAAUAUAACAAAUGUAGCAUGGGGACAGACUGGGGGGGCGGGGGGAGCUUGCUAUCAGGUUAGAUUGAUUUGGAGGAGAAAAGGCAGCAUGGAGCAAUUGUAGCUUCUCACCUUUUUGGAGCCAAGGAGGCUGCGCAUGCCAAUUCUGGUGCAGCUGUAUCACUCCUGUUUCUGUUCCAUUAAAAAUAGGGGUAACUCAAGACAAAUAGAAACUUCUUUGCCUCGGCUCAUAUCUUGGCAUCGCACUGUUAGAUAUUUAACUUCAGCCAUUAUUCAGGGAAAGUACAAUUGGCUAAAAUUUUUUUAAUCAGAUGUCUAGCAAUCAAUGGGAUUAAUUUAAGAAAAAAUUAGGUGCACAAAGACUGACAUGAAAAGUGGGUGCUAAAAACAAACAAAAUUUCAGUUCAUGUCUCUUGAUAGCUAUUUUCAACUCAUUUCUUCUAAAUAAACUACUUAAUAUUCUUGUCAGGAAAUGACAUUUUAAUGCUUUGUUCCCUUAAGGGGAAGUAACUGUCAUUUAACAAGCUGUUCUGUUUUGUGUCAAAUGGUUUGUUGCAGGAAGCUAUUAUAACUCGAACUUCCAGAUGCAUUACUGCUAUAAUGGGGAAAAAAAUAAAACUAUAUAACUUUUUUAAAAGAUACGAGAUACUGGCUUCCAUAUCUGCCAUGCUGCACAUAUAUGACUAGAGAGGGCAGAAAGCCCUUAGUCGUGUCUUUAUCUGAGAACCGAUCUCUUCUUUAACUGACUGGCCCAUGUGUAAAUAGAGGGCUCUUUAUUACUGAAGAAGAGUAUUGUGUUGUUUGUUUUGUUUUAAUUUUGAAUUCCCCUCGACUUGGGAAAAGAAUUGUUUGGGUUUGAUUUUUGUUUAUGUCCAGAAUAAGAAAUAAGAGGGUAUUAAUAAGCUGAACAUUUAUAUUACAGAUAUUCCUCUUGAAACAUACACAGUAAUAUGCACCUUUUGUAUUGUCAAGACUUAUUCUAUUUAUUGAAGAAAAUGUCACAGUAGUGAUGUAUUAAGCCAGUACUUCAAUUACGGGUUGACUUGGGAUGACAUGUUACAUGCUGUAGUUAACACACUUCUUUUCUGUUCAGGUAUUUCUGUCCCUAAAUAACUUUUUAUUUAGCUUUUUUUUUUUUUUUCUAGAUAGCUUUAUUUGAUUUAGACUGGCAAAUGUUUUUAUUACUGCUUUUAUAUUGCUGUAUGAUAUUGAAAUCUCUUGGCAUAAAUAUUUGUGUUUCCAGUACCUCAGUUGUUCUGAUAUUACUGCCUGUAUAUGUUUUGUGAAGUGGUCAUGUUUUUUGGGUAGGUACAUGUGGACUCUGUAGUAUGUAAAUGUUACUUGAAUUUGUGCUUAAUUAUAGUAUGUGGCAUGUGCGUACAGCUACUUGGCAUUUGACGUAUGGAUGCUAUUUGCCUGCCUUGCAGGAAAGUUAUGGUCCCACUCUCAAGAGGAUGUUUCACAGUUCUUUAUCAAGAGACAAAGCUAGCUGCAGCUGACCUGCCUUGGUUCUAUUUUGGUAACUAAGAAUAUAAAGGAGUAAUGUUUUUACACUCUGAAGAUGGUGCUGUGUCAAGAAGGACCUUUUUUUUUUUUUAUUUUAUGAGUACCUUAUAGGAGGAAAGAUUGGUGAUGUGCAUGGUGGGGUUUUACUGCCUCUGGUGCUUUGUCAUGUAUUUGGUUUAAUGUUUUUGUCCUAAUCUCUUCAAUAAAUAAAAUUGUGCAUAUUUAACUAAA